CUCUAAGCAGGAGGACAAAAUACCUCUUUUUCAUGAGACACGGAGAAAGAUCAGACUGGUCUGGUAAGAAAGUUAAAAGAAGAGGAGAUACCACACUUACAUCCCAAGGACAUGUUCAGGCUUAUCAAACUGGAAAGUACAUUAAGAAGUUCUUGAAGGAUAAAGAAAUAAAGAAUUUUAGAGUGUAUUCUUCACCUCUUGUCAGAACAAUUCAAACUUCUUGCGAAGUGUCCAAGGCACUCAAAAACUCCUCAAUAAAGUCUUCAAUGGGAUUUGUGAUCAUUACGAUACAUAUGAUUCUCCUCUAAAGCUAGAUGAAGUGGAAUUACAUUCGAUGGAUAUAUCAGAAUUCAGGGAGCAUUACAUUCCUAAAUCUAAAGUUGAAAUUGAAGAUAAUGAAGAUUAUAUUGAAGAAAUGAAUGAAACUUACCCAGAAGAGAACCACCUUACCGGUGAAAGAGUUGUCAGGCAUUCAGAACAUUUCAUCGAUGAACUCAAGAACUCAGAAGACAUUGAUGCUAUUAUUGCUAUUUCUCAUUGGGAUAUUGUAGAAAAAUUUAGCGAAUACUAUGGCAAUGAUUACAAACCAAUGGAUUACUGAGCUCUGUCUUGCUUAGAAAUUAACCUUGAAAACGAUGAAAACGAACUUGUGCUUGAUAGACAUAUUGCGUACAGUUAAAAUAUUUAGCAUAUUUUAUAGUAGAAUUCGAGAGAAAUU